AUAAAUUUAAAGGAUUUUGGAAAAUGAUCAUGUUGUCUUAAAAAGACAGCAUAAGACAUAUUAAAUAUGUUAGGUGAAUCAAGAUCAUAGACCAGUCAGAGUUAGUAGAGAAGUGGUGGGUGAAGUAUAAAAACUUAGUGGGAGCUACCCUUAAACACAGUAGAGCAGAUCAGGGUUAGUUACUUGAGAGAUUUAGCAAAGACCCCUAGGUAGAGGGCACAGCUUCAAGUACCAUUUACUCACUCUGCAAACUCUAUUCCUUCUUAUGGCUAUUAUGAACUACUGACACUAUGAAUGUGACCAUAAGAUAAAUACUCCUCUGGAUGUCUUGUUAGGGAGGUACAUGUUUUCUUAUUUAAGACUUUCAUAGACAUAUACAGAAAAGUGCACAAAUAAGUAUUUGGCUUAAUGAAUUUUCAGCGUUUCAGGUACACAGGAAACAUGACCAUGUAAACCUCUGGGCAGAUUAAGAAACAUUGCCACCACCUUAGUGUCUUUCAUAAUUAAUAUCAGAAGUGAUAAACGGUCACUUCUGCCCUCUUCUGUAGGUAACACAGACCAACCCUAGUACAAUGUAGGAAGGCAGUGCAUAAGGAUGUGAAUGCCAGGAGUGAAUGCCAUCUUGGAGGCUGGCUACCACAGUCAUGCAUUGAUCGUUUUCAAAUACUACUGGUUCACUUAUGCAGCCUGUGCAAAUAUUGAUGUAUUUAAGCAAACAAUGUAAAUAAAAGUCACAACUGAUAAUCACAUAUCAGAAAAUUCUGGAGAUACUGGGAAGCUGCCAAGAUCAUUAUGGUGAAUACCAUUUUUCCAAAAUCAUUUUUUUUUGCCUAAAAUCUUGAAUUUUAUCAUUGGCAACUCAAUUCUUUUUUUCUUUCCUCCCUCCCUCCCUGCCUGUUUCUCUCUCUUUUUUCCUUUCCUUUCCUGUUCCCCUUUCCCUUUCCCUUUCCUUGUUUUUCUUGAAGUUACAGAUUCCCUUUGUUCAUUUUCAAGAAAGGUUUGUCAAAUACCCAAGUCUGAAUAACCGGUUUGUCACUCAUCUUAGUAAAAUUUGUGUUCCAGGAAAAAAAAGUAUUUACUUCAGUUUAUAAUGCCAUCUCACAAUAGCUCUUCUUUAAUACAUCAUACUUCAAUAUGCAGCAGAAGUACUUUGUGAGGACUUCCAAGUUUUUACAAAGAAUCUUAAGUGUCGGGGUGGUUAUAAUAAAGUAACUUUUACAACUUCAUCAGGGAUAUUCUCUGGUGACAGCGUUCAUUUUUCCUUUUUUUUUUUUUUUUUGAAACCGUGCCUCGCUCUGUCAUCCAGGCUGGAAUGCAGUGGCAUGACCUUGGCUCACUGCAGCCUCGACCUCCCAGGCUCAAGGGAUCCUCCCACCCCAGCCUCCCGAGUAGUUGGGAUUCAGGUGCGCGCCGCCAGGCCUGGCUAAUUUUUGUAUUUUUGGUAGAGACGGGGUUUCGCCAUGUUGGCCAGGCUGGUCUCGAACUCCUGACCUCCCAAAGUGCUAAGAUUACAGGCGUGAACCACCGCGCCUGGCCCAUUUUUCUUACUGUGAGCGUGUGGUGGUGAAGAGCUCCAGUAUGGUUUGGUGUCAUUACUGUAAUUGUGUGGAGGUGCCAGCACCUUGACCUACCAUUGCUUUUCCACCAUCAGUGCAAACGUCAGCAUUGUGCAAAGGGCAAAUCACGUCUUCAUAUUAGUAUGAAAAUAAUUUUGGCUUUGAAAGGGUGUCGGUGACACUCAGGACAAAUCGUUGGUCGACAUCAGUGGUUCUCAACGGGGCAGGGUGGGAGGGAUGGUUUUUCUUCCAGGGGAAAUUUCACUGGGGAAACCAUUGGCUGUCACAAUUGACUGGUGGUGACAUCCCGUGGACAGAGACCAGAGAUGCUGCUAAGCACCCUACAAUGCAGAGGGCACCCUGUCCCCCAACAAAGCAUUAUCCAGUUUGAAAUGUUAAUGGUGCUGAGGCUGAGAAAGUAUGACUUCCAAAAAUAAGUCUUCUUUUGGGCAGGAGAGUUGGAUAAAUUAACAGUCUUGAUCACCUUUGUUACAUGUGCUCGUUUAUUUUCAAGACAUGAUGCACAGCUACGUUCAGGCCGUAAUUCUGCCUUCCGGGUCCAACUCACUUGUAACUUUCACGUGAAGCCUGCAGUUCAGCCUCGAGCCUCCCUGACUAGCCUCCCCGCCCGGCCGCCUCAAGCCCUUUAUAACCGAGUUUUGCCUCUGUUCUCUUGAGUCUGGCCGACCUCAUCAGCUUGGCUAUAAACCCCUUCGGGGCAGGAGCAUAUCGUAAUUCUUUGAAUCCCGUAAAAUAGUUUUCCCCUCACCUUGUUCCCCACUGACUGGACGCGACGCUGCGCGGUACCGCGGGGGCGGCUCCUCUCGGUGCGCUCCUCAGCCCGCGCGGCCAUAUUUUCCCGCGCUCGUGCGCUGCGGUCACUCAGGGCUGCUGCUAGAGGGCGCGCCCAGCCGCGUGGCCCUGACUACUACAAAUCCCAGAAGGUCAUGCAGUGGGGGCGGCCGCGGUGACUUCUGGGAUUUGUGGUCCCGGAGAAGGGCUUGGCGGAGGGGAAAGACAGUCGUCUUUCCUUUGCCCGCUUCUGUGGACUGUUCGAACGCCCAGGGGUGGGCCAAACCCGUUUCUUAGGAAACCAGGGAUCCAGGGCAGGCAGAAUGGCUUCCUUUGGGUGGAAGAGGAAAAUUGGUGAGAAGGUCUCAAAGGUCACUUCCCAGCAGUUUGAAGCUGAAGCUGCUGAUGAGAAGGAUGUAGUUGACAACGAUGAAGGAAACUGGCUUCAUGCCAUUAAACGUAGGAAAGAAAUUCUUCUUGAAGGCUGUGCUGAGAAAAGUAAACAGCUGAAGGAUGAAGGAGCCAGUUUGGCUGAAAAUAAAAGAUAUCGGGAGGCAAUUCAGAAGUGGGAUGAAGCACUACAGUUAACUCCAAAUGAUGCUACCCUAUACGAGAUGAAAUCACAGGUGCUAAUGUCUCUUCAUGAAAUGUUCCCAGCAGUACAUGCAGCAGAAAUGGCCGUCCAGCGAAAUCCACAUUCAUGGGAGUCUUGGCAGACUUUGGGACGUGCUCAACUUGGUUUAGGAGAGAUAAUCCUGGCAAUUCGAAGUUUUCAAGUAGCCCUUCACAUCUAUCCAAUGAACCCUGAAAUAUGGAAAGAAGACCUCUCUUGGGCAAGAACGCUCCAGGAGCAGCAGAAGGUAGCACAGAGGAUUAAAAAAAGUGAAGCACCAGCUGAAGUAACACACUUUUCACCAAAGUCAAUUCCAGACUAUGACUUUGAAAGUGAUGAGAUUGUUGCUGUUUGUGCGGCUAUUGCUGAGAAAGAGAAGACAGUUUCAGCAAAUAAAACAAUGGUUAUUGUGUCGGCUUCUGGGGCCGUAGAGACUGUAACUGAAAAGGAGGAUGGUGCUACACCACCAGAUGGCUCUGUUUUUAUCAAAGCCCGAUGAAGCAGUAUGCAUAGGAUUAUUUGAAUCGGUCUUUUUGAUUGCCUCUUGAAGUUUUGACAUAGAGACAUUUACUCUGGAGAUAGAUAGGAGAACUCUUGGUUGUAAAAUAUGUUUUUCAGAUGAGGCAUAUAAAAACUAAAAUGGCAGGAUUAUUGUAUAGUGUUUGGAAUAUGCUUUGAUAAGUUAUGAUUUUUAUUUCUCAAGGUUAAAAUUCUGAGUAAAAUGGUCUUUGAUUAAUAAACUUAGUUUAAUCUGAAUAUGUAAAUGAAUACAUUUUAAAGACAAAACUUGAAAAGUGUAUUCUUGAAUAGUGAAUAAUUUGAUCAAUGUUACUGAAAUGCUGUCUCAACUUCUGUUUUAUGAUAAAGGAAGUGUGUGAUUUCCCUCCCUCUGAGAAAUAUACUGCGCUUACUAUUUGCUGUCUUUUUCUUGCUUCAUUAGAGUAUGUCUGUCAGAAAGCUUGAAUAUUUUUGACAUUCAUUUUGAUUCAAAGUUGUCAUUUGGUUAUAUGUGGAAUCUUUGAAAGUUUGGCUGAAAAUGCACGCAAAUGUGUACAUUCUAAACAUUUUCUGAAGUUUCUCUUAACUCUGAUUUGUGUUUCUGUUUUGACUUUGAAGUUAUAACAGUGAUAGUUGUCUCCUUCAGUAUUUGGUAAAAGUGUGAAGUAUUGAUAAAUAUGAGAAUGAUGGUUUUAUUUUUUAAUUGUUACAGUAAGUAAUCCUUACCACAAAUGAGUCAUUUUUAAAAUAUGCAUUUUUAAAUGAAUGGCUUUUACAGAUAGGUUAAUGACAAUUGUACUGCUAUAUUAUCCCAGUCAAAACCAAUACUUUCUUUUCUUUAUUUUAAAAAGCUUUAAAAACCCUGGAAACUUACUUCUUGCUUGUAUCUUUCCAUUUGAUGACUGGGAAUUACUUUUCUAGAUAACUUUUUUUGAAACUACUCAGUGAAAUGAAAAAUAAUUACAAUUUUAAGUAGCUAAUUAUAUCUUUCUAAAAAUAAAAAAGUAGGGCUGUUAUUACAAUGCCAAUGAAUAAAUAACUUAAGUACAAAAUACAUGGAAAUUGGAAUGUGAUUUAUAGUACAAUCUCAUGAGUAUGAAAAGCCUAUAUUAAAAAAAAUUUUAUUGAAAGUCCACAGUCAUAUUCACAAACCAAUACUGUCGUUGCUAAUCUGAACUAUUAUUUUUAUACUAUAUAUUGUAGUAUAAUAAUAUAGAACUGUUGGGUUCUGUUACUUCUGACACUCAGGAAGAUACUAUUGGUGUAUUAAUUUUAUCUUUGUUAGAGAUGAAAGUAGCCCACUUUAUGUUAAAGAUCUUACUACUGUUGGAGCAUAUAAGUAAUGAUCCACAUUUUUUAUGAAGAUGGUUUUUAAAACUUUUGUUUUAUUGGAAUGCAUAUCUCUUUUCAGAGUUGGAGAAAUUAGUACUUGCCUUGAAAAGAAUAUUCUUUCCUUAAGUUAUAUCAUCAGAAAAUUAGCUCUGGUUAGAGAGGUUAGUUUCAGAGUGCUCCAAAAAAUAUGUUAAUUAUUUUAUUUUGUUUAGUAAAGAACAUUCUCAAAACGUAAAUAGGUAUCUAGAGAAGUGAGUACUCAACAUUUGGUAUAUUGUUUUGAGUAAUGGAUGUUUGUUUAUUGUGUAAUUUGUGAAUAAAUAGUUUUUUUCUGCA